CUGAAAUCAUAACAAAAAGUACAAAUGUUUUUACUAUUUCUUAAUAGACUGUGUAUUUUGUUAAUUCGGAUAGGAAAAAAUAAAAUUACUUUAUAAUUAUCUAAUAGGUUUUUGAGAUUAUUUACGUAGUUUCACCAUGCAGUUCAUUUGUAUCUACUGAGUGUUUAAUAUGUAAAGUGAAUUUAUAGCAAUUUGUGCCAAUUACUAUCAAUUUAUUGCGUUUGUGGGGUGUUGUGUAGUCGUGGGUAGUGGUCACAUGGAUGGUGAUGGCAGGAAGCGGAUGGCGAAGGAGCGCGGGUCGCCUGCGCACUCUACGCGUUCUGCUCAGAGACACGAACCGCGCCCUGCGAGAUGUGAGAGACGUGUUGAAUUGUGAUCCGGAUGUAUCAUCAACUGUAGAAGACAUAACUGAACAAUGUUCCCGCCCUACUGCGCUGGUUAUUUUGGGAACCAGUCCCGAUGCAAAGGCUCGUCUUGUGCACUGCAUUCUUGGAAGGCGGCUGCUGCCCGACCCACUUCCUAGAGGAUGUCGCUGGUUACGCAUUCAGUAUGGUUCGAGUACCCAAGUGCACCUCACGCUAGGGACAAGUGAGUUCGAGCUGGUGGAAGAAUUGGAGUGCAAUCGACAGCCAUGGGACACGUUGCCUUUGCAGGAUAUUCUUCGCCAAGACAGUAACGACCUCACAACGAUGCUUGAAAUCGAACUGAACAAUUCCUUCCUCAAAGAUGGUCUUCGAAUAAUCAUUCCGCCGGACCUUGAAACCGAUUCUGGCCAAACAUCCUUACACGGUUUAAAAGAGCUCUACUCAGAUUUUUAUCAAAAACGGGACAGCAUUUUACGGAAUUACUCCCCGAUAUAUCUCUACGCGCUGGACCGCUAUGGAAGGAAUAUCUUCAACGAACCAAUUAAUAAAAUGUCGGUUUCAAGAAGCGACGAGGAUUUUUGGGCGACCUUUGAUUUGUAUAAUGUCACGAAAGUUGAUAUAGUCAAGAAAAUGUAUCCCGUUGUUUGGAAGGAGAGCUGUGAACCGGCGGUUUUUAGUGCUGAGAACUGUCUCGAUCUCCAUCAAAUAAAGGAAAUUAAUCCCAGAUCUCAGGUCCUUUUCGUGCUUUUCUCUGACAGUCUGAGUGAAGACCGGCGAAUGGAAGUGAAUGAAGCGACUGAGUCGACUGAAUCGCCGUAUAGGAGUGAAGAAUUGCCUGAGUCUGACAGAGAUCUUUUGAAAGAUGGAGUUGCUGCCACAAAGUCUUUGGAUCGGAAAGCUUUAGAAAUCCGAUCUCAAGAAGAAAAGACAGCGUUCUUGAACGAGUUGCUUGAUCAGUGGGAAGUUGCUUCAAUCUCUGCAAAGCAUCGCGCAAAAUCUCAAUGGCUGAUUUUAGACGACUCAGAUAUUUUUAAGAACAUAGAUAAGACGGAAGUUCAGCGUAAGAAAGACCCAGUCGCACGUACAGUUAAAAGCAGAACUGUAUUGAUAAAUAAUGUACUGAAGUUCGCGACUGAUUGCGUACAAAACUGCAUAUUGGAACACUUCUCGGUUCUAAGUGAAAUACAUGUAAAGGUACUUCAAGAGUUGAUAUUGUCUUCGUUUGACCUGGCGAGAGAGUUACAGGUGGUGCCUAAAAAGAUACAGUAUGUUGCCAAACAGGAACAGUAUUUGUAUGAAACUAUAAAUGCUAAGUUCUCAGAGGGUGACAAGAAACAGGAAUUGGUGCAGAUAAUGCAAGAAGUAUUACAGGAGAUGAAAUAUGAAAUACACAAUAUGGAUUGGAGUGUUGAUGAUCUCCCGUGCCAUCAAGACAGGCAAUUUAUGAUCUCGAAUUCAUGUUUCUACACACCCAGAAAAACUCCGAAUAAAGCAAUACGACUGAACCAAAUCAAUCGGCCACAAAGUAGUACUAGAAAUGAAAACGAUUUCGAUGAAGCAGAUUCGUGCCAUUUGGUGGACGAAGACAAUGUGAGUUUGUCGGAUGGUGAAGAAGCGCUGUCGUACGAUAGUUUUAACAUCGAUGAUUACGAUAUUGUGAUGUCUAAUGAGGAAAGCUUUGGAGCUAGUCAGAGUUAUAUAGAUUAUUUUAAGAGUACAAGAGAGCCUCUCAGCGGUACAAUCCCGAUCGAAAGUGAAUCCCUCCCGCUUUCUCCAAGUUUUAGUGGACGAAGCACGGUAUCUACUUGCUCUAACACCACCUUAUCCACCAAGCAGGCUUCGCUUGACGUGCAAAGGACAGUCUUGUCAAAACUAAGUCACAAGAUAAGUGUGAAGCUAGUCAAGUUUGUAGAUUGCCUCAAAGACACUUACUUCGGAACCUUGCAGAGAUGUCUAGAAUCGUUGGAGUCGUGUUGUCGUGAAGAGCUAGGCGGUCGUCCGGCGAGUGAAGCGAUGCGGCAAGUGGUGUCUGCGGCGGAUCGGAUCGACUUGCAGCCUUGCGCGUCCUUCUCCCUACUGAGAAGCUUAUUGGACUCUAUUAGAAGACUGUUCUAUAGAUUGCGAGUAGUGACUGGCGAAGCCGAAUCCGCUUGCUGUGCGCUCAGUCCAAUUUGGCGAAGGCAGGUGGCGCUAUACACACUUGCGUCCCUCUCCACGCAUAAGCUCGCUCGCCUCAUCUCCGAACAGAUCGUGGAACGUUUGAGCGUAGCUCAUGGGCGAUACCAAGCGGCGCUGACGUCACUGGACACUGCGCUUACUGCACGUCUGCAUAAUACUGAAGACGUCAAACUCACCAUUAGAAAGAAGUACGCUCCGCUCUUCGCCCGGUUGUGUCUAGAGAGUACAUCAAUGUGUGAUCUACUGAUGUAUGGCGUACCGGACCUAGGCCGAGAAAUCGGUCGAGGUCAGUACGGUGUGGUAUACGCAGUGCGUGGCUCAUGGGCGGGAGCGACGCCUGUGGCCGCUAAGUCUGUAUUGCCUGCCGACGAUAGGCACUACUACGAACUAGCUAUGGAGUUUUUCUAUACCAGGAGCAUCCCGUCCCACCCGCGUAUAGUCCGCCUACUCGGGUCCUUGGUACAGCGUGGCGGUGGCGGAUGUGUUAGCGUCACAUUGGUCUCAGAGAGAUGGGCUCGCGACCUUCACACUGCCGUAAGAGCUGGACUCAGUUUCGCCCAAAGGAUGAAAGUCAGCUGUGAUAUUGUUGAAGGCAUCCGAUAUCUUCAUUCCCUAGGCCUAGUCCAUCGAGAUAUUAAACUCAAGAAUGUCCUCUUGAACAAUGAGAAUAGGGCAGCAUUAUCUGAUCUGGGCUUCUGUGCGGCUGGAGCGCUGGUAUCAGGGUCUUUGGUGGGCACACCAGUACAUAUGGCACCAGAACUGCUGGCCGGAAGAUAUCAGAGUGCAGUCGACGUGUAUGCCUUUGGAAUACUCUUCUGGUAUCUCUGUGCUGGAAGUAUCCGCUUGCCGGCUGCAUUUGAGAGCUUCCAGAACAAGGAACAGCUAUGGAGUAAGGUAAAACGAGGUCUUCGACCGGAACGCUUACCCCAGUUUUCAGACGAGUGUUGGGACAUAAUGCAGUCCUGUUGGGCCACAGAGCCUUGCCAAAGAGCCUUAUUAGGUGAUAUCCAACCGCGUCUAGAGGCAGUAUUACGCACUGCUCUUAUUGAAGAUCAACCCGGACCAAUAUUCACACAACGGACCAGUCUUUCAGAAGACGACAGUCUUAAUAUGACAGGGCUGGAUGAUUGACAGCACUUGUUUACUGAACUUUUUUGAACUGUUGGUUAAAUCUAAAAUAAAAAAAACAUUUCAAUUGAAAGCUUUUGGCAAAUGUUUUUGGCGUUAAGUGGAUUAUAGCUAGCGUCACCAUGGUUACGAUAUUCAUAUAAAUAUAGUACUCACGGAAACAAACAUUUAAACCAUGUUUUAUAAGAAAGUUUGUAUCGAUUUUUAUCGAAAUUGCGUUUUAUUUGUAAGCUGUUUGAAACUUUUUUAAAAAGACAUUAAGGCGCUUAUAAUAUUACAAUGGAUUUGAGUUGGGGUUAGAUUAGGGAUGAUUUUGAUUACAAUCAAGCGAAACGCGACACGAUUGUAUUAUUUCCUUAUAUAUUAAGUGUUUGAUACCACAUCUUUCAUUUCGUGGUGCAUAAGCCCAAUAUUAUGCCAUCACCGCCCAACAGUAAACUUAGCAACCCCAAUUCUCUAUAAUAAGAGAAAAAAAUAAUCCGACAAUUUUCUUCAAAAAUCUUGUAUUGUUAUUUUUAGAUUAAAUUUUUACACAACUUUCAAAUGAAAUUAUUGUUUGCUUCACAAGAUCACUACGAUUAGCAUGAUGUGUGAUAGAUUUUCUAUGUAUCAGUAAAAAGUAUGUAAUAUGAAAAAAAAGGUUGCGUGUAGUUAUGUACGCGCGUAAGAAGUUAUACUGCUUUGGCAUUAUUAAAAAUAGUUUUUGAUUGCAUGCAAAUGAUUAAUUACAAUUAAAUAA